AUGUCUGGCUAUCAACAUUUAUCAAAGGCUGGAUCGCGUUUUUUAAAACAAGUGGAUAGCAGGCCCAAGCACUUGGCGCAACACUUCAAGAAAUAUGAAGAGAAAUCAAUGCCAUCAUUUCUGGUUCCAGCGAUACCUAGAGUCGAACAGGAUCAGAAAUUCAAAACGCCGCAAGAAUGGAUGUUUAUGCCAGGUGAUAGGGUCGUUAUCAUGAAUGGCAAAUUUAAGGGUCAAGUCUCGGUGAUUCAUCAGCAUGACACAGAAACCAACGGAUUUAUUUUGGACGAAAAUGGGCCCACGAAAACUGUCCCUGUGCCCAAGCAAUUCUGGAGCGAAGGUCAGACCUCGCAUAUGGUAACAUUUCCGAUAGCCGUGGAGCAAAAAAAUUUAAGACUUGUUGCUGAUAUAGAGGAUCCAGAGGUACCUGGUAAGCUCAAAACGGUUGCAGUUCGCGAGAUUGUAUAUCGCGGAACCUAUUACGAUAAGAAUUACAAAAAAGUGAUGCCUUACAGAUGUGUAUCAGGGCAGGAAGAUUUGGUUAUUCCCUGGCCUAAACCAGAGUUCAAAGAAGACGGUGAACUGGGUACGGCGCCCGAAAUUGCAAGAGAGCAGUCCUUUUGGGUAGAUACUAUAGCCAAGAGCCCAAUUCCCCAAGGUGCUCUAUUGACAAUAAGAAAUCCAAGAUCGAAAUACAGAAGAGGUGUUUUGUCCAGUAAGGAAGUGGCCAAACUGAUGGCACCAAGGAUGCCUUUGACCGCUGUUAAAAAGGCCUAUCUCGCAGAGCAGGAACAACUUGCUUCUGGUCCUAAGCGCACCCUGACUCCAGAUGACAUGGAUAAAAUUGGUGGCAUCGUCUUUGAGCAUGUGAAAGACAGUAUCUGA